ACAGGUAUCACUUUGAACACGCUUGCAUGCACUAACAACUGGGAAAUGUGAGGAGGACUGGAUAUCAGAAGUAGUUCAGAAACCUUCAAGUGAGCCCAGAAAACACAGAUCAUCAUAUGACUGGGAAGGAUUUAUGUUAUUCAGAUAACUUCAGAGAGGAGCCACAACUGUCUGGCAGUAGAGAUAACAGGACAUUAUCUGCAGCUGAUGGGGACCUUAAUAAAAUAAGCAUAUUCAACAAAUUGAGAGUUUCAGAUUUAAAUAGAAACAGAACCACACAGAAGGAUGCCAACAUAGAAUAUGACAUCACUAAAACCUUAGAAGAGAAACUACAGAAAACUCUCAAAUUGCAGUCUUCUAUAUUCCACAUGCAUAAUGAAAUGACUCAGAGAGGGAGCCCAAAUGAUACCCACAAAGAAGCAGUUUCUUCUUGGCAGCAAUACAACCAAAGUGAAGCAGAUGAACCAAAGCGCUCAUUUCCUUUUUUAUCAACCCCUAGUGGAAAUUUGAAGAUUGAGCCACACCAGGUUGUGUUUGAAUCUAAGAAGGUAAGCGUGCUUGUAGCGGAUCCACUUAACACCAAAGUAAAUGUCAAGGCUGAUUUGAGUGAACUGGAGAAAGGAGAUGAGAACAAUGUUCCAGCUCAUCUUGGUUGCAAGAAUCAUUGCUGUAGUGAAGGAAUGUUUUCACCAUAUGAUGGAUGUGGUGACUGUGAGACAAACUUCAAUCUAGAGAUGAGGAACUCUUAUACCCCUGAAGUCAUUGACUGGAAUAAAGUAAAUAUCCCUCCAAAGUCAGAGUUAUUCAAACUGCUGCUGUACAGGAUUUCCAAUUCAAUCAAGCCAGACUGCAAGGUGCUUAUAGCUGGUGACCAAUUCAAAUGUCAUUCACUUGUACUUCAGAGCUAUUCACUGUAUUUUGAUGACAGGGAGCCUGGAGAGCAGUUUGAAUUGCCAAAGGAUCAUGUUACAACAAAGGCUUUUGCCACUAUUUAUAAGUGGAUGAUUUAUCCAGAUCCAGAAAGUCAUCGUCUACUUACGAAAGAGAAUAUCCUUGAAGUAUUUAAGGCAGCACAAUUCCUUGGCAUCAAAGAACUAGAAGAACAAUGCUGGACUUUCAUUGACUGUGAAGAGCUCUUCUCAGAAGAAUCAGCAUUCCGCAUGUUCUUGAAAGCUCGUCACUUCGGUAUGCAGGCUAUCACUGAGUUAAUGGUUCCUCGAAUCAUGAAUUUCUUCCUGACUCUUGUCAGCUCACGUAAUUUCCUUCACCUUGAUGUUGACGAGCUUUGCACAAUCUUGCAGUCAAACUACAUAGCCGUACACUGUGAGAUUGAAGUCUUCAUGUCAGCGGUUCGCUGGAUAAUGUUCGACUGGGAAAAUCGAGAAAGCGAAGUAGUUGAAGUGAUGCGGUGUAUACGGUUUGGUCUAAUUCCGCCGUGGCAGUUAGUUGAUAUCAGGCGAAAUCCAAAGAAUCCAGAGUUUAUAGAAAUAACAUCCAAUGCCGAAGUCCAGCAAAUGGUGGAGAGCGGCUUAGAAUACGCAAUCGUGAAGUACUGGUACGGAAAUAAUAUUGAUGAAUUUAAUCGCUGGUGUUCAAAGCUCGGCCUGGAUGCGCCAUGUCCUCGGAACUGGAUUGGAGAUGAUAAGAACUAUGCAACGUACCAAGAGUUUCUGCAAGACCUUGAACUGUACCGCCGCAACGCUCUGGAAGGACGUUCUGCAGAGACAGGGCAUCCACCUGCAGUGAGAACUCCACGCCAGGAGGCGGCAUCAGUACCUGCCAGUCGGCCAGAUGGAGCAAACCAGGCAAAGGACUAUACAAUGCCCCGACCGCAGGGCGGCGGUGCAGGGCGGCCGCAGGACCGAGGAGACGCGCGGGAGCAGGUCAGUACUGAUACGUCGACUUCGACGGGCGAGGCGCGCGCAGUGGGGCAGUCCACGACGGCGGACAGCGAAUCUCCGGGGGACAGCGCGCCGGCGCCGCCACCGCCCCCGGGGGCUGAGGGGCUCUGCCUCCAGAUGGACCGGCCGCCGCUGCACGUGCCGCGACGCACCGCGCCGCUCGAGGAGCUCACGAGGCGGCUGAGUGCGUCCUUGCUUGGCCCUGUGACGCGCGACUACCUGGUGGAGGGGUCGCUGUUCCUGGCGCAGAGCGAGUCUGUGCUGGUGCUGGGCGGCGCCGACCCGACGUGGAAGCCGGCGCCCGAGGGCGCGCCCGCCGUGGGCCGCGAGCUGCUGCGCCUGCGCCUCGAUGCCGGCUGCUGGGAGCACAUCGCGCAGCUGCCCGAGCCGCGCCAGCACCACGCCGCCGCCUUCCUCAAGGGCCAUGUUUACAUCGCUGGCGGCAAGGACCCCCGCGACUCGGCGGCGCGCAGCCGCGGCGGCAUCACGAGCACCGUCUGGAGCCUGGAGCCGGCGUCGCGCACCUGGAGCGCCGAGCCCGACAUGCUCACCGCCCGACAGAGCUUCGCGCUCGUCGCCUGCUCCGGCCGCCUCUACGCCAUCGGCGGCCAGGAUCGCAGUGGCAGAGUGCUGCGGUCGGUGGAGCGCUUCAACCCUGUGUCCGGCGUGUGGGAGUACGUGGCACCGAUGCGGGAGGCGCGCAUGGGUCUGGCGGCCGCCCAGUUCCGGGGGCUCCUCUGGGUGGCCGGCGGCAUGAACGGCGAGCGCUCGCACACCAUCACCGACACCGUCGAGUGCUACGACCCCCGCAGCAACGCGUGGACGAUGUCGGCGCAGCUGCGGCAGCCGGUGUGCUUCUCGCGGCUGCUGUGCCUGCAGGACACGCUCUUCCUGGCCGGCGGGGCCACGCGGGCAACUCGUGACGCGCCCAUCGGCAGCAUCGACAGCGUCGACGUCUGGGACCCCACGCAGGGCCGCUGGUGCGUGCGCGCCAAGCUCUCCGUUCCUCGACACGGACACGCCGUUGGCUACAUAGGCACGCACCUGCUGGUGGUGGGCGGGCUGACGACGGUGUACGUGCGCGCGCUCAGCUCUGUGGAGGCGUUCUGCUGCGAGGCGGGCGCGCGCGUGCGCAGCGUGCCGGACCUGCCCGCCGCCGUCGCCGGCCACGACAUCGUCACGCUGCCGCCCGCCGCGCUCAUGUGA